GGAAGCGAUAGGCUGGUUCACAGAUCUGGCAGUGCAUCUGCCCAUGAAGGACAGGAACCAAGAGGAGGUAGGGAAGGAAAGGUUUGUGAGCCUCCUGAGACCCCGUACUUCCCGGUGUGUGUUUAACUUCGCUCUGGGAUUGGCCAUCGAGAAGGCCGUUCUCGCCCAGAAAUCUUGUUCAAACUUCAAUUUCAUCCUUUGACUGGGCUUUUAACCUCCGCUUCAGAAUCAAUCGGCAUCCAAUUCCGGGGAACCGAAAUUUCAAUUCCGGAAGGACUGGGACUCGAAAGAAGGAUUUCGGCCGUUGGAAUCCAUCUUCGUGCCCCAUCGCCCCAGGAACUGGCCAUCCCGCUUCAUUGUGAGCAGUGGGUGGAAUUUGAUGGAGCAGGAAAGUCCCAGGGAAUUUAAGUCAUCCAGAUUAAGGAGAAUGAAUCUCGUCAUUUUCCACUUUGAUGCAUAAGUUUCCCUGACGAGUCUUUGGAAUCACAGAAGAAUUUGGUCACAUAUUUUACCAUCAGACUAAAGAGAUGGACAUUACUAGUUUGCCCUGUGAAAGUCUGCUUUCUGGUGACCAGAACUGCAGUCAAGGAGAAGAAACAGAGGGAGAAAGCAUGCUGGCUGAUUGCCUGGAAAACUGUAAUGAGGAUGAGGCUGUGGAUUUCUCUGAAGAGGAGUGGACCACAAAGGCUCCAACUCAGAACCUCAAGCCUCGUGCUGUGGCGGUGGAGGAGCACGCAAACCUGGCCGCUGUAGAAUUGGAAAAGCAACUACAAACCAAAGAUUUAGCACCAGAGCAGGAAUUUUUGACAAGACACACCUUCAUGGAGACACAGCAGGUGGAUGCAGUGACCUUUGAAGAUGUGGCUGUGGACUUUACCCAGGAAGAGUGGACUUCUCUGGAUCCAGUUCAGAGGAACCUCUACAGAGAUGUGAUGCUGGAGAACUACCAGAACCUGGCCACAGUAGGAGGUCAGAUGUUUAAACCCAGCCUGAUCUCUUGGUUGGAGCAGAAAGUAGAGUUGACAGUAAUAGAGCAAGGAAUUCUCCAAGAAUGGGAAAUGCACCUUAAGACAAAAAGGACAGCACUUCAGCAGGAUAGAUUUUGGUCAGAUAUGUCAAAUGGAAUGCAACUGGGAAGAGAACGCAGUGGAGGGGAACCUGGUGACUCUGUUCAAGUUGGAACAGUUUUUAGUGAAGAUUCAUGCCCUCAGACUCACAGUACUUCAAAUACAGAGAACACUUCUGUGUGUAAUUUAGAUGGAAAAGACUUUCAGCCACUCCUUAAAGAAACUUCUACUGAAGAGAACAUUGUCCAGUUGAACCAGUGUGUAAAACCUUUGAUUUUGACUCCAGAUGUUUCCCAGAAAAAGUGCACUCCGGAAAAAUCUGUUGAAUGCAAUGACUGUGGGGAAACUUUCGUUAAUCAGUUAGAACUUCAGACACAUAGUUCUUCUCAUCGUGAAAAGAAUCUCCACAAAUCAGAGGAGUGUGGACAAGCUUUUACUCAUCCUAUAAGCCAUGGUGGGCAUGUGAUUCCCACUGAAAAAAGAUACUAUGAAUGUAAGAAAUGUGAAAAAUUUUUUACACAUCCUGUGUACCUUAAUAUCCAUAUGCAAAGCCACACUGUGGAGAAACCCUAUGACUGUAAGGAAUGUGGGAAAGCCUUCAGUGAGCGCUCAAGCUUAAUUGUGCAUCUCCGACAACACACUCGAGAGAAGUCUUACGAGUGUAAGGAAUGUGGGAAAACCUUUAUUCAACCCUCACGUCUUACAGAGCAUAUGAGAAGUCAUACGGGAGAGAAGCCGUAUCAGUGUGACCAGUGUGGGAAUGCCUUUGCGUCUUCCUCUUACCUUACUACACACUUGAGAACUCAUACUGGAGAGAAGCCCUUUGAGUGUAACAUAUGUGGGAAGGCAUUCACACGUUCCUCUUACCUGCUAGGUCACAUACGAACUCAUACAGGUGAAAAGCCCUAUGAAUGUAAAGUAUGUGGGAAAGCAUUCAGUGGCCGUUCUUGGCUUACCAUACACUUACGGAAACAUACUGGAGAGAGGCCCUAUCCAUGUACAGAAUGUGAGAAAGCCUUCACCAGCUUUGCUCAACUAACUGAACAUAUAAAAACUCACACUGGUGAGAAGCCCUUCCGGUGUAAAGUAUGUGCAAGGACCUUUAGAAAUUCCUCAUGCCUUAAGACUCACUUUCGAAUUCACACUGGAAUAAAACCAUACAAAUGUAAUUACUGUGGGAAAGACUUCACUGCACGUUCAGGCCUUACUAAGCAUGUACUAAUUCACAAUGGUGAGAAGCCCUAUGAGUGUAAGGAGUGUGGGAAAGCCUUCAGUACAUCUUCCGGCCUUGUUGAACAUAUAAGAAUUCAUACAGGAGAGAAGCCCUUUGAAUGUUAUCAGUGUGGGAAAGCCUUGGCUCAUUCCUCAUCUCUUGUUGGACAUUUAAGAACUCACACUGGAGAGAAACCCUUUGAGUGUAAUCAGUGUGACAAAACAUUUACACGAUCUUCUUAUCUUCGUAUUCAUAUGCGAACUCACACCGGAGAGAAACCAUAUGAAUGUAAAGAGUGUGGGAAAACUUUCCCUGAGCGCUCAUGCCUUACUAAACACAUAAGAACACACACUGGUGAAAGGCCCUAUGAAUGUAAGGAGUGUGGCAAAGGCUUUAUUAGCUUCGCUCAGCUUACUGUACACAUAAAAACUCACAGUUCUGAGAGACCCUUUCAGUGUAAGGUAUGCACUAAAUCUUUUAGAAACUCUUCAUCCCUUGAGACCCACUUCCGAAUUCACACUGGAGUAAAACCCUAUAAAUGCAGUUACUGUGGGAAAGACUUCACUGCUCGUUCAGGCCUUACCAUCCAUUUACGAAAUCACACUGGGGAGAAAUCCUAUGCAUGCCAAGAAUGUGGAAAAGCCUUUAGCACUUCCUCAGGCCUUAUUGCACAUAUAAGAAGUCACAAAGGAGAGAAACCCUUUGAAUGUGACCACUGUGGGAAAGCCUUUGCUUCUUCGUCUUAUCUUAAUGUGCAUUUGAAAAUUCACACUGGAGAAAAACCCUUUCAGUGUACAGUAUGUGGGAAAACAUUUACGUGUUCUUCUUACCUUCCAGUUCACAUGCGAACUCACACUGGAGAGAAGCCUUUUCAGUGUAUAAUAUGUGGAAAGUCAUUUUUGUGGUCCUCAUACCUUAGAGUUCACAUGCGAAUUCACACUGGAGAGAAACCCUAUGUAUGUCAGUACUGUGGAAAAGCCUUUACAGAGCACUCAGGCCUUAAUAAACAUUUACGGAAACACACAGGAGAGAAACCAUAUGAAUAUAAGGAAUGUGGGGAAAACUUCACUACUUCUGCUGAUGCUAAUGAACAUGAAACUCCCCACUGGGGGGAGAACCUUUGAAUGUAAGGGAUUCAGAAAAUUGAUAGCCCUUGAUCCAUCAUUUGCAAUCAAAAUUUAUAGUCUAUACAAGUCUUAUUAAUAAGCAAUGUUUAAAAACAAUUCGGUUGCUAUGUGCUGUAAAAACAACUCAUUCUGAGGAUGCUCUGAGUUUAAGGAUUGUGGGAGAAAUCAAAAUUUCAUGAUAUAUGUAUGAACUGAAGGUUUGUAAUAUAGGGAACGAAAACCUUUAGUGUUUCUAUGAGUGUUGAUGCAAGACAUGUAGAAAUGUCUCUGUGUUCAGGUAUGGUCUCACAGUUGAGAAAUGUCUUACUGAAGUUCGGGAAGUAACUUUUUACAUUUGACAAUAUGUGGUGUUUACAGACUGAACACAAGCUACAUGCGUGUAAUAGGGGAUUUGCUUCAGUGUCUUGGAUGGCAACACUUGGAUUUCUUGGGUGCUUCUAUAUGAACUUUGAAUAUUUCUCCAUUUGUGUAUUUUUAUGACUUCAAUUCCAUUGUUGGUUUUCCUUUUUAAAAUAUUCCUGUUUGAUGUGAUUGAAACUGUUGUUUUUACCUAGUAUCUGUUCUAUGUCCCAUGUUGGCAUCGUGAACUAAUGGACACAAACUCCCAUCUCCUCAUUACUUGUUACUUUAUUUGUUGUGUCGUGCACCGGUCCCUAUGUUGUUGUUGUUUUUUCCCUCUUUUCUUUUGGAGACAGUCUCACUUUCUGGCCCAGUAUAACAUGAAAGUUAUGUAGCCUAGACCGGUCCCUAGCUCAUGGCAGUCCAGGCCCCGCCUUCUGAGUGCAUAGAUUACAGGUGCAAGCCACCAUACCUGGCUCUUUCUACUGUUUUAAGUAUAAACUUCAUUAGCACUGAAAAAACCAUCAUGUUUUACAAUAGUGUUCAAGUUCUUAACACAAGUAGGUUUGGAUCUGACCAAUACAAUCCCUUACUCUAAGUUCUAAGUCUUUGGUAGCCAUUCCAUUCUCUGCUUGGAGUUCAGCUUUUCUUUAGGCUUUGCUUCUUGUAGUAUCUGUAUUAACUCUACUUAGCUUUUUUAUUUUUGUGACAGGGUCUUGCUGUAGCUCAGACUGACCUCAAACUCGCAACCUUUUUGCCUCAGACUUACUGCUAGAGUUAUAGGCAUGUGCCUUCAUGCCUAGCUGGCGUAUAUCAAUCUACAUACUGUUCUCAAGGUGGAACUGUGUUAUGGUCAGUUAUUUUAAGACAUCUAAUUAUCCUUUGGUCUCUAUGGAUAGUUAGUUUCUAUACCUUGCUUGUUAGUAUUGCUACAUAGUGAAUGUAGCUAUCUCUUUAAAUUCAUGACCUUAUGCUCUCAGAUACAAUCCCAAAAGUGACUUUGUUAUUGUAAUGAUAGAUAUGUCAGUGUGUAUGUAACAACUGCCAAUUUAUAUUCCCAGUGAUGUACCUAGUCUCUUUAUUGCUUUAUUCUUACUUUUUCCUUCCUGUAUUCCAUUUAAAAAUGUGAGUUGGUAUCUUCAGCUUUGAUUUGCAUUUUUCUAGUACGCCGUUUGUAUAUCACUACUAAAAUACUGAUUUCAGUAAUUUAUCAAUUUUUAAAUCAAGAUCUGUGUAUUUGCUGUGAAGUUACCUGAGUUACCGUGUUUUAGACGUAGACCCAUUGUAAUAUAUAUAUGGUUUACAGAUUUUUUUUGGCUGUGUACAUGCUUUUUCAGUUUUUUUUUUUAUUGCUAUACAGAAUCUUUAGUUUGAUAUGGCCUUAAUUCUUUAUUUUUGCUUUUAAUGCCCAUAAUUUUCAUGUCAGCUCUAAAAUUCUUUGCUGGUGUGUCUGGAAGCAUUCUUGGAGUUUCAUUAUGUUACAGUUUUAGAUUUUACUUUCAGGGUUUUGUUUGUUUGUGGUAACCUAACUAUGUAAUCCAUGAUAGCAUAGAGCAGGCUGGCAUUAAACUUGGAGCAGUAUUUCUUCCCCAGACCUUUUGAGUGCUGAGAUUUUGGGUUUGAGCCAGCCUAUCCAACUUAACUGUAUUUCUUUUACUAUUAUUUGAUUUCCUUUUCUUUUUUAACCCCCCUAAGCUUAUCUAUGUGUAUACUGUUUUUGUUUUAGUAUACUGUUACAGUUUCUGUUUUGGUGCUAGGAAUUGAAUUUGUGGCCUCAAGGAUGCUAGGCAGGUGCUCUACCAUCAAGCUAUAGUUCUAACUUCAUUGUUGAAAUUAUGUGGACCACAUAAAGGGCUUUUAUUGUUUUAUUUGUUUGUUUUUUGGAUAAUAUCUUUAUAAUCUGGCUGGCCUAGAACCUGCUAUGUAGAGCCCGGAACUCACAGAGAUCUACCUGUCUGCCUCCCAGAGUGCUGGAAUUAAAGUUAUGUGCCCCUAUGCCUGCCAUUGACUAUAUGCUUAUUUGUAAACAAUUUAUUUAUAUUGUUUGUAUCAGUAUUAUACUGUUUGAUUUCUGCCUAUAUACUGGUCUUGUUUUUGCUGUUCUUUCUUAAGACAAGGUUUAUUGGAGCUUAGACUGCCUUUGAGAUUAACUAAAUGAUCAAGAAUGACCUAAUGACCUUGGACUUUUGAUCUUGCCUUUAUCUCCUAGUAUGAUUCUAGGCAUGUACCACCAUACUUUGCACGCUCAGUGCUUAUCAAACUUCAUACUAAGUGGACAUCUCUAGCCCUGUAAUACAUUGUUAAGCCUAGAAUUUUUGUUUUUAUUUAAGUCCUUUUGGGCUUAACUGAAAGGUUUUGAUUUCUUAUGACUUUUUUUUUUUUUUUUAAGCCUGUGGGGGAAAAUGCCUUUAGAAUUGUUAAUGCAGUGGUAAUCUACAAAGCACUUUGGGCAGGAUGGACAUUGUAACAAUGGUAAUUCUCUCAAUGUGUGUGGCAUACCUUGCAAAUUGUUUAUGGUCUUGUUCAUGGUAGUUUAGAUUUUUCCUGUUUAACUUUGUUCUCUAUCAUUUUAUGUAGUUUUAUAUGUUGUAUAAUAUUUUGCUUUUUAAAUUUGUAGUAUGUAAAGAUACUGUUGACUUGAAAGUCUUAUGUUUUAUGAGUUUUUAUAAUUUUUUUUUCAUGGAUGCCCUGUUAACCUGAAACAAUUUUACUUUUCUUAUUUGGGUGACUUUUUUCUUACCCUGAUUGCUCCAGCUAGGCUUUUCCCAGUAUUUCCUGAAUAUAAGAAGGAAAGGUAGGUACGUAAACCUGCCCUUGAGAAGUUUGAGCUUUGUAACUGAAUGAAAACUGAAUUUGUUUUUCAUGUGCUGUCAUGAUGAAAUAUAUUUCUAUCAAGUUUAUUGACUUAACCAUCAGUUGAUAUUGUAUGAUGUUACAUGAUCCUGUACAUCUCCUAUAAUAUGGACUUUUCUUUCAUUUUGUUCAUUCAGUAUAGCAUAAACCAUCUUUGCCUCCCAUUUAUAAAAUCAAUCUUGAUCACAGUUUUUAUGGUUCUUUUAAAAGUUACAUUAUGAAGUGACCAGGAGAUUGAAAUUGUCUUAAUGAAUAAUAAUUAUUUGACGUUGAGACAGGGUCUUGCUGUGUAGUCCAGGCUUGGCCUUGAACUCACUGUGUAGCCCAAACUGACAUCAAACUAAUGAUCCUACAGCAUUAACCUCUCAUGUGUUGUAGCUUCAGUAAUGACCCACUAUGCUUGACUGAUAAUGUUUAGAAAGACUUCUCUGUGCUGCCAAUAAGUGAUUCAUUUCAUUUUUUAGGGCAUAAAUAGACACCCCCCCCCCCCAAGAAAGAGGUAAGAUGGUUCCUUCAUUGCAAUGGUGUGAUGAUUGUAAAGAUAGCCUAGAAAUAGAAUACUUAAGUGUAGAAAGCAAAUAUUAUUGUAUGAAGAGAGAAAUAGCAUGAUGGAGUAUAAGACUAUUUUAGCACUCUUUUUGACAAUAAAUUGAGAUUAACAUUUAGUUUUAAAAUAACUAAGGGAAUUGUACUUGAACUAGACUUGAGACCAACUGGAUCUAGUAAUUUUAUUUGAAACAUUCUACAUAAAAGCCAGAGAGUACUUUGUAUUUAAUUUCACAUGGUACAGUAUAAGAAAUCUUGCAGUAGACUUAUCAAGCUUUAUUUUAAAAAUAAUUCUUAGACAGAAUUGAGUUUAUUUAGUUUUUGAGAGAGGGUCUCGUGGAGUUCACAUACUUUUAGCUUACAAUUCUGAAAGAUUAAAAAAAAACUACAUUAUAUGAAUACAGAUAGAAUUGGCACUGAUUUUUGUCUACUGAACCUAGAUCCAAACUAAACAUAUCUCCCAUCUGACACAGUUAUUUUUGUAUAGUACAGUUUUAUUUGGUGUUGGGGUAUGCAGCAUGACACAUUGGGGACAUAACUCAGGAAUUGGCUUUCUCCUUCCAUCUUUUGGGUCCUGGGAAUUGAACUUAGGUAGUUGAACUUGGAGGUAAGCAUCUCUACCUGCUGAGCCAACUUGCUGGUCUACAUAGAAAUAUUUUAUAUUUGCUAUGGAAGCAUGUAAUGUUUUAGCAAAUUGGAAGAUAUAUAGUUGAAUAGUCCCUGGAAAAGAAUGUUCAUAUAUAUCUCAGAAAAUGGUGAAGGAUACGGCAGGGACUUCUCUUGCAGUGUGACCAGGAAAGCCUGCUUUAGGCUUCACAGAGGCUUUGUUUGCCAGGAACGUAAUUGGUCACUUUACCAACACCAAAUGUCACGGCCAGUUUCCAGUGGACAGUGUAUUAUUGUUCACUGUUGUCACAAUGGUGACGUAACCGAAAGUCUGUACUCUUAAAUGGUUAUCUCCUUAUUCCUCUUAAACCUUAAUCACUGGCAGCCUCUGCUGUGGUUUACUUCAUGACUAUAUAUUUUUUUUCAGAUUCCAAGUAUAAUAUAAUGCAGAGGUUUUGGUUUGUGUUUGUGUUGCCUAAAUGUAUGUAUGUAUGUGUACCAGAUCCAUGCCUGUGGCCCAAGAAGGUCUGAAGAGGGCAUCAGGUCUUCUGGGACUGGCCUUACAGUCACUUAGGAGCCUCCGUGUGGCUGCUAAAAAUGGAUCUCAGGUCCUCUGGAAGAGCAGCCAGUGUAGCAUAAUUGAAGCCGGAUUGAAUUUUGUUUGAAAGCAGUGUUGUUUGAAAGUGAAUUGUCCCCUAUAAGCCUGUGAGUUUGGACAUGUGCCUCUCCCCAAGCUGGUGGCACUGUUUUUGAAGGCUGUGGCUAGGCAUUGGUCUUGUACCUGCCAACAGUUUUGGACAAAAUCUCCACCACAAGCUCCUGCUUCUGCAUAACCACUCCAGCCACCGUGCCUUUCCUGUCUUGCCGCGAUAGAUUCUACCCUCUCAGUCCAUGACUUUUCCUUUUUAAAAUAUUGCUUCUGUCAGGCGUUUUUUGCAAAUAAUACAGGACAUGCAUAACUUUAAACUUAAUGUGUUUGUGUGUGUGCACACAUUGUAUAUGUACAAGUGCAUACAUAUACCUGAGGCAGUCAGAUGAGUGUGUUAGGUCCCCUGGAAGCUGGAAUUACAGGGUGAUGUAAGCUAAUUAACUACUUGGCUACUGGCAAUUAAAUGAGUCCUUUGUAAGAACAGUAAGUACCUGUUUAGCCAUCUCUCCAGCUUCUCUCUCUCUCUUUUUUUUUACACUUACUGGCCACUUGCAUGUUUUAGGAAAGUUUUCCUGUUUGUUUUGUCAUUUCUCCCUCCCCCUCCCCCUCUCCUCCCUCUCCCUUUGCAUGAGAGAGAGGGAGGAGGGGAGAAGAAGGGAGGGAGAGGGUCUAGUGUCUUAUGUGGUCAAAGAUGAAGAAGAACUUUGAGACCUGCCUCUGCUCCCAACAUGCUAUGAUUCUUAGGGAGUGUUGGAUGUUGAAGAUUUAACCUGGAACUUAGUGCAUGCUAGGCAAGAACACUUUUUAGAGCCACAGUGACAUUUUCAGAUGAGUAUAUAAUGUACUUUGCUUAUUAUUAGACACAUCUUUAGCUUGUGUUGCCUUCCUUUGGUCUCCUGCCCCUAAAGCCCACAUGUUCUCUACUAUCAUGUCUUAAAAACAAUUUUUUUUUUGAACAUGAUAGAAAAUACAGUUAUUUUGCAGUCUGGAUCUGACUUAUUUUGCUUAGUAAGAUUUUUGGUUCCAUCAUUUUCCCUACAAAUUACCUAAUUUUUGUCUUUAUGACUGAAUAAAAUGCCAUUCUGCAUGUCA